UUCACGGACCGUAGAAACCUCCCAACUUUUUUUUCGUCUUCAAUUUGGUACCAAGCUACUAACAAUCCAGUGAAGAGUAAAUAUGGCGAAGCAAGUUUUACGUCUUCCUCGCAUACAUUCAGCCAAUGCACUCCAAAAACCUAACAAUCAUUAUCCAGUCCCUCCUCCACCAUGUAGUAGAUUUCUGUCUUCUUCUUCUUCUUCUUCUUCUUAUUUUUUAUCAUCAUCAUCUGAUAAUCAAAAGCAGACUAAACAACUCAAAGGUGAACCAAAAAGAUCUCUUGGAGCUUCAUUACAAAACCUGAUUUCAAACAACAAGUAUAAAGAAACCCUUGAUUUAUUUUCGAAAAUUCUUGAUUCUGGAACCGUUACUCUUGAUAGAUAUGCUUAUAAUAAAGCAGUUCAAUCAGCUGUUGAGUUGAGGGAUUUACAAAAAGCUAUUGAAUUUAUGGAAAUGACGAAUAAAUGGAAACCGGAUUCGUUUACAUAUAACGUUGUUAUUGGUGGUUUGUGCAGAGAGAAAAGAAUGAAAGAUGCUGGUAACAUGUUUGUUAAAAUGCUUCACAAGAGAAUCAAACCGAAUAAAAUUACUUUUAAUACUCUUAUUCAUGGGUAUUGUAAGGCGGGGGAUUUAGAUAAAGCUUUUGAGGUUAAAGAGAAUAUGAAAUGUGAAGGGUUUGUUCCUGAUUUACGUACGUUUAAUACUUUGUUAAGUGGGCUUUGUAGAGUGAAUCGGAUUAAAGAAGUUCUUGAAUUGUUAAAUGAAAUGAAAAUGCAUGGAUUUGUUCCUGAUGGAUUUACUAAUAGUUCUCUUAUUGAGGCGUUUUCGAGGCUUGGUGACUCUGAUGGUUUAUUGGCAGUUUCUGAAGCUAUUCUAAGUGAAGGAGUAGAGGUUAAUGCGUAUACAUGUUGCCCUUUGUUGAAGGGGAUUUGCAAGGAAGGAAAAAUGGUGGAGGCUGAGGAAAUUUUGAACAAGUUAAUGGGUAAAGGAUUUGUUCCAACAAGAGUUAUUUAUAAUACUAUUGUGGAUGGAUAUUGUCGGGUUGGUGAUGUUAAAAACGCUCUUUCUACAAUUGCGCAGAUGGAAUCAGUCGGAUUGAAUCCAGAUUGCAUUACUUUCAAUUCUGUCCUAAACAGAUUCUGCAAGAUGAAGCAGAUGAAAGAAGCAGAAGAAUUGGUCAAGGAGAUGGAGGAGAGGCGAAUUUUAUUAAGUGUGGAGAGUUAUAAUACCUUAAUCGGUGGUUACGGCAAGAAUGAACAAUUUGAGAGGUGUUUUGAGAUUCUUGAGGAAAUGGAAGAGAAAGGGCUCAAACCCAAUGAAGUGAGUUAUGGUUCUCUCAUAAAUUGGUUCUGCAAAAAGGGUAAGCUUAUUGAAGCUGAACUUCUUUUAAGUGAUGUGGGAAGUCGAAGAAUUCCUCGUGUGCAGAUGUAUAACAUGAUUAUUGAUGGUUACUGUAAGGCAAACAAUUUAGUCAAUGCUUUUCGGUUAUUUAAUGAGAUGGAGACUGAUGAGGUCUUUCCUACCCUUGUAACAUACAAUUCUUUGAUAAAUGGGCUCUGCAAAGUGGGAAAUGUAUCAAGGGCGGAACAAUUGGUUUACUCAAUUGAAGGUAAAGUUUUUUCACCUGAUGUGAUAACAUACAACUCCUUGUUAUAUGGGUAUUGUCAAGUUGGAAAUGCUCAAAAAGGUCUUGAGCUAUAUCAGAAGAUGAAGAGCAGGUCUAUAAAACCUACCUUAAUUACUUACCAUACUCUUAUUACCGGGUUCAGCAAGGAAGGAAAUGUCCAAGAAGUAGAGAAGUUGUAUAAGGAAAUGUUAGAGAAUAAUCUGCACAAACCUUCAGUUUACAUACCAUUUUAAUGAGGAUACUGUAUUGUGAGUUGGUGAUGGUAGUCAGGUAUCAGUGUGGAAUGAUUGUUGGAUUUUCGAUACUAAUCUGGAUAUGAAGGUUCAGUCUUUAAUUCAGAAUGGUCAGUGGUGCAUCCCUGAAGAAAUGCUUGAAUUCAGUAAAGCUGGAAUUUGCCGGCCCUCAAUGGUGAUUGUGACAAAAGAUUUUGGGUUGGGAAUCUUCAAGGAUUUUUAAUUGUAUCUGCUGCAUAUCACAAAGUAAGGGUAAAACUUCCAAGCUGUAGUUAGUAUUAGAAAAUUUGGACCAAAUGCAUCCAUCCCUCAACUGCUAGCAACGUGUGGAAGAUAGAGAAGUUUGUGCAUCUGAUGACAAUCUUAAGAAAAGGCUUUAAGUUAGCAUCGUAAUGCUGCUUGUGUAAGAAGGAAUUGGAAUCUAUGAAACGUCAAGAUGCCAUCUUCUUUGCUGUUGUUCUCUCCAUUAGCAGUUAUAAAAGUCCAAUCUGUAAGGAAGUCUGGUUAAUAGCUGCUUUCAGUUUGAUGAAUGAGCUGUGGUUCUUAAGAAACAAAUUUAUUUUAGAAAAUGCUAGGCCUUCUAUUCCUAAGAUGAGAAUUGUUGAAUUAGUUAAUGAGGGUGGUUAUAAAAAGGCUGCUUGUGGUUGUGGAAUACCUUUUAUGAACUUAAAGUUUUGCAGCUAUUUGGUAUUGUUUGCAGAAGGGUUAAAGUGAUUAAAGCGGUGGCAUUGGUAUUAAGUUACCGUCUGGUCUAGCUAAAUUCGGAUUUCUUUGGUGGGGAUUCAGGUGGUGGUGUUAGUGUAGCGGAAUUUGGAGGUCUGGGGAUUGCAACAAAUUAAUUAUACUGCAGUGGUUAAGGCUCUUGAAUGGGCUAUUGAAGUUGGCCAAUUUAACGUUUGAAAUCAGUCUGAUUCUAGUCCAGUUCAGAUUGGUUCUUUGCCUUGGAUUGUGCUUCAUAGAUGCACCAAUAUUUAUGUUCAGAUUAAGUGGUUAGAUCUUCGCCAUGGAUUCUGAUAAGUCAAUUUCUGUGCUGGGUGUCUAGCAUAAAAAUAGGAGUAGCUCUUGGCAGUAGUCAAGUGGUUAGGCAUUCCUCUCUGUCCAGAUUUUCUUUCAAGGAUUGAAUGUCCAAUUGAGUCUGAUUUUCACUUCGGGUGAUUGUUGUUGAGUGGAAGUCCUUUUGAGACUGUUAUUGUUCUUUUGUCCUUGUUACUAUUUGGUUGUAAUUCGGCUACUGAUGAAAUACGAUUGAUUUAUUA